AUGAUAAACAUAUCGCAAUGUUUUCCCGCUCGCCCGCAGCCGCAGCUCGCUAUAAUAGUUCGCUUCCGCGCGCCAGCGCUGACUACGUCGCGAGAUAGUAAUGGUAGGUACUCGGUCGCGCUACCAUUUAAGACUGACCCCGCGUCGCUAGGAGAGUCUAGGCAUAUCGCCGAGCGCCGCUUUUUAUCUCUCGAACGCCGUUUGUCAGUAAAUCCGCUAGUUAAACGUGAGUACGAUAAAAUAAUAAAUGAGUAUAUAGAAAAGGGUUAUAUUACAAUUGUAAAUAACAACACGCUUAAUUCGAAUCAAUAUUAUGUAAUUCCGCAUCACGCUGUAGUCAGAGGAGAUAAAUUAACAACAAAGGUUCGAAUGGUUUUAAAUGCUAGUAUGAAAACAUCUUCAGGUAUUUCGUUAAAUGAUAUUUUACACACGGGAAGAAAUUUACAAUCGGAUUUGUUUCGAAUUAUUUUAAAUUUCCGACUGUUUCCGGUCGCGGUAAGCGCUGAUAUUCGACAAAUGUUUUUACAAGUGACAGUUAAAGAGUCCUUUCGACAAUAUCAAAGAAUUUUGUAUAGAUUUAACUCGAAUGAGCCUAUUCAAUUGUAUCAGUUUAAUAGAGUAACUUUUGGUAUGACAUGUAGUCCGUACUUAGCCAUGCGCGUAAUACGUCAACUUAUGAACGAUGAACGUUCACGAUUUCCUAUUGCGGUUGCAGCCUUAGAAAAGGACGCAAUAUAUACAGAUGAUGUUGCCCUGAGUUUUAGAAAUACCGCUGAAGCUAUAACCGCGUCAAAACAGCUGAUUGAUUUGUUCGCCGCCGGCGGAUUUGACUUAGUCAAAUUCGCUAGUAAUUCAUCAAAUUUUCUUGGUGCUAUGCCUUCUGAGGCUAGAGUGACCGAUUUAAUUGAUAUAGGUUCAGACGGAAACCUUAAAAUAUUAGGCCUACAGUGGUCGCCCGCUUCAGAUAAUUUCUGUUUUCGCGUUACAGAGGAUGACCGUAAGUGUACUAAACGUAACAUCCUUUCAUUUGUGGCUAGGAUUUGGGAUUUGAUGGGAUUCGUAGCUCCUGUCACGCUUUUAGCAAAAUUAAUUAUUAAAUCGCUAUGGGAAAGUCAUAUAGAAUGGGAUGACCCACCGCCCGCAAAUAUAAUUUCUUUAUGGAACACUUUCGUAAAUGAGUUGCCUUGUUUACAGCAAAUUAUAAUUCCGAGAUUUGUAGGUAUUCAACCGCAUGUACCGAGAACUCUGCUGACUGUCUGA